AAAAAAAUCAUUGAGCAUGUGGGUCAUAGUUCUAAUUUUCUUAUGUUCGUUUCACAUUUGUCUGCAAUCCAGCAAUAACCGAUUUAAAUCCCUGGUAAUGUCUUUUGAAAUUAAGUAAGCGGUCCGCCUUUCAGUACACGAGCAGUUAAUAGUCAAUAGAUAGCUUAUCGAUAUGUUGGACACUGCGCUGCUGACGUUAGUCCAUCGCUAAUAAUAAUCAAUAAACAGAGCAAUUUUGGACAGCAAUUUCUUUUGGUAAAAAAAAGUGCAUAAAUUGUAUGCAAAGUGUGUGUUAAAUAAAACGUCGGUGAGUGGAAACAAUGUCCAACGAUAAAGUGGACGAGUGUGAGAAGAAACAGAAGGUGGAACAAACAAAACAGCAGCAGACAAAUAGCGAGGAGUCGCCAGAUGAUGAGUCCGAAUCAGAUGAGUAUCAAUCGGCGGGUGAGGGAGACGACGAUGGCGACGGCGACGGCGACGGUGAUGAUGGAGGCGUUUUAAAAGAAGCAGAGAGAGAAAGAAAAACAACAUCAACAACAUCAACAACAACAACAACAAUUGAUCCGCUGCCAGAUGAUUGUGUUGAGUAUCCAAUGCAUCGUAGUGUUUUUGAGAAUGAUAUACGAACGCUGCAACGUCGUUUACUUUUGAGCACGGCCUCAACGGAGGUGGCAGCCAGAGAUAGGCACGGCAACACUCCCCUCCACCUGGCUGUCAUGUUGGGCCGCAAUUGCUGUGUGCGUUUGUUGUUGGCACACAAUGCUCCCGUCAAGGUGAAGAACAACGAGGGCUGGUCACCACUUGCCGAGGCUAUAAGCUAUGGUCACCGCCAGACGAUAACGCAAUUGCUGCGCAUGCUGAAGCUGCAGUCACGGGAGCACAUGGAGAGUCGCCGGGAGCGUCUUGUUCAGGCGCUGCGACAAAUGCAGGACUUUUAUAUGGAAUUUAAAUGGGACUUUCAGUCGUGGCUGCCGUUGGUCUCGAGGAUUUUACCCUCCGACAUCUGUCGGCUGUACAAAUGUGGCGCCUCAUUGCGCCUGGACACCACACUGGUGGAUUUCAAUGAUAUGCGCUGGGAUCGUGGUGAUAUCUCGUUUCUAUUUAGGGGAGAGGCGCCGCCAAAUGAAUCCCUUGUGUUGCUGGACAAUGAACAGCAGUGCUAUCAACGCUUGCGCUAUGAGGAAUCCGACAUGGAGGAUGAGGUGGAUGUGCUCAUGUCCACGGACAUCUUGGCCACACAAAUGUCCACCAAGACCAUACAGUUUGCACGCGCUCAACGUGGCUGGUUAUUUAGGGCGAAUCGCAAGGAAUUGAUUGGUGGACAGUAUCAAUGUGAGAUCUAUACCAUACAGGGAUUGGUAUUGAAGCAGCGCAAGCGACGGGAGCACUUGUCCAAUGAGGAUUUGCAAAAGAAUCGCGCUAUUGUCGAGACAAUCACCAAGGGAGGAGGAAGCGGUGGAGGAGGAGGCGGAAGCGGACUGGAUACAAAUGCGGCUACAACGCCCACGGGCAGCAAUCUCACAUUGCCAGAGCUACCGCGUCGCAGCUCCUUGCAGCCACCACCGGCCACAAGUGUCAGCUGGGCGGAAUACCUAGAUGCACCCAUUGGCAAAUGUCCGCAACUUGGACGCACUCCCGUCCACAAGCAAUCCAAUAAAACGCUACGUGCCACUGUUGCCAUGAGCGCCGAUUUUCCGCUCAGUGUGGACAUGUUGCUGGAUGUGCUCGAGGUGAUUGCGCCACUUAAGCAUAUCAACAAGUUGCGCGAAUUUGUUACACUUAAAUUACCAACGGGUUUUCCGGUUAAAAUUGAAAUUCCUGUACUGCAUACGGUCACGGCGAAGGUGACAUUUCAAAAAUUUGAAUUUCGAGAUAAUAUACCAGCGAAAUUGUUUGAGAUACCCUCGCACUAUUGGGAGGAUGUGCGACGUUUUCAGGACUUAUGACCUAGCGAUGAAUCAUCGUCAUCCUCAUCAGCUGCCAAUACGCCGAGCGUUUCCAAGCAGAUGGAUUUAAAUAGCAACAGCAGCAAAACUAAACGAUCCUCAUCCCUUGGCGACUUAGAUUAAGGAGCAGUUGUACAAUUUCCUCAAUUUCCUCCUCGUCUCUUCAAUAUGUAUUUGAGUCGGCAACUAAAUUGCAAUUUUCACCAUAAAAUUAUCAAUUAUUUAAAUUAUCAAUGUGUCCAAUUUUUAUUUUGUUUAUUGUUUGUUUUAUUAAAAUGUUACGCUCUGAAAAUUGCAAUUUCCAAACCAAAAAACAGAAAAAGAAAAUUCUAAUUUGUUAUGGACAUUAGUUUAAGUGACAUAAUUCUGCUGUUAUUCUCUCGAUCAGUCACAAAUCUCUAAUCUCUCUCUAUUUUAACAUUCGUUAAUCAAUUGAUGUAUUUCUUGUUGCUUGACUUAACUUAAACAUUCUACAUAGAUUUGUCAUUGUUUUUUUAUUAUCUAAUCACGACUCUGUGCUCCGGACCCAUUUAUCAUUAUCUGGUCUAAUGAUUCAGUUUGGCAAUAGAAAUAAUUAAGCUGACUAAACACAUUUUCAAUUGAAAACGAGCUAAAACAAAACAGCUUAUCAAAUUUUAAAGCAAAUCGAAGGUUUAUACCAGGGGUCACAAAAAAGUGAUCUAGAGGAAAGAG